AUGCUGCCCGUGGUUCGAUCCAUCAUCUGGCGCGGUAGCAGCAAUCCUGCCUUCGCUGGAAACCUUCGCUGUACGACCACACGCCAAUCGAGCAGCGUAUCAAACAACAAGACCAUCUUCUCAGGAAUUCAGCCUACAGGAGUUCCUCAUCUGGGCAACUAUCUAGGAGCCCUUCGACAAUGGGUCAAACUCCAAGAUGAGGCCGCAUCCUCAACUCGCCUGAUCUACUCUCUGGUCGACCUUCACGCCAUCACGAUUCGCCAAGACUCAGCCCAAUUGCGACAAUGGAAGAAAGAGUCCCUGGCCAUGCUGCUCGCCAUUGGCCUGGACCCAGCUCGGAGCAUGAUCUUCCAUCAAAGCGAGGUCCCUGCUCAUGCUGAGCUGAUGUGGAUUCUGUCUUGCCAGGCUUCGACGGGAUAUCUUGGACGAAUGACGCAAUGGAAGGACAAGACCUCUAACGAAAAGGAUAACAGCGAACGACUGAAACUCGGCCUUUUCUCCUACCCCGUCUUACAAGCUGCCGAUGUCCUCAUCCAUCAGUCGACGCACGUUCCCGUCGGACAUGAUCAAGCACAGCACCUCGAGUUCGCUCGUGAAGUGGCCAAUGGAUUCAAUCAUGUCUACGGUGAGAAUGUGCUCACUGUUCCGGAGACUCUGAUCAGUCCCGCGAGGAGAGUCAUGUCGUUGACUGAUCCGACGUCGAAAAUGUCGAAGUCUCAUCUUAAUCCUAAGUCAAGGAUUCUGCUCACAGAUUCGGAGGAUAUCAUCAAUGCGAAGAUCAAGUCGGCAGUCACGGACUCUGUCGAAGGCAUCUCAUAUGAGCCGGAGCGAAGGCCGGGUGUCAGUAAUUUGUUAGAUCUGAUCUAUCAUUGUACAGAGCCAAAUGGAGCCGCUGGCGGUCAGGAGACCUUGGCAAAGGAGAUGCAAGGCAUGAGUCUGCGCGUCGUAAAAGAGAGAGCUGCCGCAGCGGUGGAGAAUCUCGUCCGGCCAAUUCGUGAGAAGUAUGCGGAGAUCGUUGAUGAUGAUCAGUUGCUGGCGAAAACUGCAGAGCAAGGUGCGGAGAAGGCGAGGCAGAGUGCGGAAGGGACUCUGCUCGAUGUGAAGAGAGCUGUCGGUCUGCUAUGA